UUGGCAAUCUGUCAGGUUAUCGACGGCUCUACUGUAGUUCAGACAGGCUGUGUCCAAUAGUAUUCUCUCAACUACUUUGGGAAACUUCCGAAACGCCCGAAUACAUGUUGGGAGGAAAUUUCCAGCAAUUAUCAACAAACAAGCGUGCUUUUGUUGACAAAAAUUACCUGACGUAUAUACACAUUUGUUGUGGCCAAUGUAAACAUUCUGAGAAACGGAGAAGAUACCUCAUUGUUGUCUGGUAUAGUGACGUCAACACUAAAGGAACAUUUACGGAUUCAAAAGGAUCGUGUAGAUUUCUGUGGCGAAUUAUAAAUAAACCAUCACCAUGGAUAUAUUGAAAUAUAACCCUUUAUAAAUAAUGUUGGAUGAUAGUGCCUUUCAUCUGUGACGUCAUUAUUCGGACUAUACAGACUUUUUAAAAUACCAUCGUUGUACUUAAUAAAGUCGAGGAUAUUCGGCUGACCACUAACUGAUACGAUGUUUGCCGGAGAAGAGGUGCGUCUGAGUUCGCCUAACACUGAAUUCCAAGAAAUCAACAAUUCUCGAUUACAACAGGAUGAUGAAUUACUGCUGGCGCUUAGUGAUGAGAAGAUCAAAUCGGAUCUUCGUGAGAAAAUCCGAAAAAGACGCCAUUCUGAAGGACUAGGAGACCUCGAGGUGAAGUUUUAUAAACCGAAGGAAUAUGAAAUGAGACCAGAGGAAAAAAUGAAAAGUGAGUCAAGGAAAGCACGGAACAGAAGAUCGGCACGAGUAAGUCGUGAUAAAAGGAAAAGACAAGAGGAAGAACUGAACAAGGAGAUAAAGGACCUGGAAGAGGAAAAUCAGAAGCGGAAAAACUAUGUCAUUAACCUCCAAAACUUUGAAAAAAAGCUGCGCCUGAGGUUUGCUGAUCAUCUCAUCCGAUGCAAGUCGGCGGAAGUGACGCACCUCCGCCAAGCCGUCAGAAAUAACAAUUUACAAAACUCGAUUCCAGGCACGGUGAUUGUUGGACAGACCGUUAACUACACAUGAACGUUGGUAUUAGGA